UUGAAGAAUCAGGAGAAUCCGAUAAUCCUGAUAAAGGAGUUUUCGUUGAACGCCGAAGAAAAGUGUCUAUUUAUUAACAGUCAGAUUCCCAAAGGGGGACUCUUCACCGGUGAACAGAAGACCGUUCACCCCGAUAGCAAUGUAACGUGGCGGAUUUCACCGGAGCCAUUUUGGAUUCUUCAAGAACACUUGGAUUGGCUUGAGGAACUUGGACCUCAUCUAUUGCGGUUCUACAAAGCCUGUAACCUGCUCUAUUCGCAGAGUGUACGCGGCAUUCAGCCGGAUUGGGUUGCAGCGUACCUUGAUCGGGGGAAGCCUGAGUCUGUGAUAGAGCUCGGGCGGAUGAAUCGGUUCAAGAGUCAACUGCCGCAAGUUAUUCGUCCUGACAUCUUGCCGACCCCCGACGGCUUUACCAUCACCGAAUUGGAUUCUGUCCCCGGCGGUAUGGGAUUCACGGGUAGCCUAUCAGCCCAGUACGCCAAACUGGAUUACGACAUCAUUGGCGGUAGCAAUGGGAUGCAACUCGCUUUCGCGGAGAUGGUCAGGUCUUUGGCUAAGGUUGAACACCCAACGGUAGCAAUCGUCGUUUCCGAUGAAUCGGCGGAUUAUUGGGACGAGAUGAAGUGGUUAGAAUCGGCACUACGAGAGGUAGGCUUGGCUGCCUACACCAUCAAACCCCGCGACGUGAUUUUUACGGAGGACGCGCUGUUCCUUGAAUCGGAUGAAGGAAAGGUCCAAAUUGACGUUCUCUACCGCUUUUUUGAACUGUUUGAUCUGAAAAACAUCCCCAAAGUAGAGUUGAUGCUCUACGGUGCCAAAAGACGAACAGUGGUCAUGACCCCACCACCAAAGACAUACCUUGAGGAAAAGCUGCUAUUCGCCCUGUUUCACCACCCAUCCCUCCAACCCUUCUGGCAAAGAGAACUUGGGAAGAAAACCUACCAAUUUCUACCAAGCAUCAUCCCACAGACAUGGCUGCUCGAUCCGCGUGAACUACCACCACACGCUGUCAUUCCAGACCUUGAGGUUGAUGGACAGCCUGUAACAAACUGGCGGCAAAUCAUCCCUGUCUCGCAACGUCAGCGUGAACUUGUACUCAAACCAUCGGGAUUCUCCGAACUAGCAUGGGGAAGUCGUGGGGUUUCAAUUGGGCAUGACAUGCCUACCGAAGAUUGGGAACACGCGGUGGAAAAUGCGCUGACCGGCUUCGAUCAAACCCCCUACGUCCUGCAAAAAUUCCACAGAGCAGAACGUCUCACCAUAACCUAUUACGACUUCGAGCAGGGUGAAGUUCAAAGAAUGCCGGGGCGGGCGAUAAUCCGUCCUUACUACUUCACAAUGGGCGACAAGGUGCGCCUCGCUGGAAUUCAAGCGACCGUCUGCCCCGAAGACAAAAAAAUCCUGCACGGGAUGGUCGAUUCGAUUAUCGUGCCGUGUGCGGUCAAACCGGAGACAUGGUAA